AUGUAUUCCUAUUAUAGAGCGAAUGCGAGAAGGAACAAGCUUUACUGGGCCCAUGUCUCAUCCUUCGAAUGCAGAUAAGCAUUUUAAAGGCCUGUUUAGGUUUCUGUCAGAUCCAUCGUGUGGUUGCCAAAUGCGCGACAAGCAUUAGAGGCAUCUUCAGGCUGCGCCUCAAAUUGCCAUUUACGGAACGAGAGCGAAGGAUGACGCGUAAGUAUGAUCUCUUUAUAAUUUUUCGAGUGUAUAUAUCUCGAAAGACCAGCUCACUAUGGUCUGCCUUCUUCUCCCCAUCUCACGCGCCCUUUCUCAAAUUUCACUACAAUGUAUCCACCAAGAGUUGCCUCCUUCUCCAACCCGUCACAUACUGUCUCUGGAAGCAUGGGAAACGAGGCCUUCUUGGCUGGCUGGCCCUUCACAGCCUCUGCGUUAUUCGCAUAGUCGGAAACACCGUGCAGCUUAACGCCUACAACAAUCAUUCCAGUGGGGGGCUUGCUACUCUAAUUCUCCAGAGCGUUGGACUUUCACCUCUGAUUCUUGGCGCAGUUGGGAUUCUCCAUGAAGCGAGACGUGCUCGCGAUCCCACCCUCAACCGGAAAUUCGAAUGGAUUCUUGUCAUCCAAUACCACCUCACCGUCAUCGCAGCGAUGGUCCUGGUCAUCAUGGGCAUUGUGAAGUUGCAGGAUGGGGCUUCCGUCGGGAAUGUGCUAAUGAAAGUUGGCAUGGGAGUGGUUCUGGCCUGCUGGGCCAUCCUUGCAGUUUGGACGCUGCUCUCAUUCCGGUCAUCCCAAGAAUACGCUGCUGGCGGGCUCUCCGCUGAUGGCACAAAGGUUGGCCCAAUAUUCGUCCUAACUCGAACCCAGCUAACCCCGGAUAGUUGCUCAUGGGGUUGCUUCGGCUCUUCCACUCAUCGCGCUACGAGAAAUAUUCGCUGCAGGCUCAUCCUACGGGCCUUCAUCUAGCUUCACCUCGUCUCUUGCAGUCAAGAUUUGCCUUAGUGUCGUUCCUGAGAUGCUCUCCAUCAUCGUCCUCUCGGUUGCAGGCAUACGCACACGUGGUAUCGCAAAUAAGUUUCAGAGGACGAAGUGAGUGUUGUAUUAAGUGGAGGAUUGGGAAUAUUUUAAUGAUAGUCGCUGGAAUUACUAGCUGUUAUACAUAUCCCCUUUUUUUUACUUCGAGGCAGCACGAGUAUAAC